AUGGCUACCACGCUCCAACAGAACGGGCAGCCCCUUGUGGUGCUGGCCUCGACAAACACCAUCAUCACACUCCCAGAUGACACCCUCCUUCUCACACCAGCCACCGUCACUGUAUCACCGGUGACCGGCAAGAUUCUCUCCGUAGUCCGUGAAGUUUUGCCCGGGAGCUCUUUCCCCCCCAACACCACAUACAAUGACCUCAGCCCCAAGUUCCUACUCCCCGGUCUGGUAGACGCCCAUGUCCACCUCAACGAGCCGGGCCGUACCGAGUGGGAGGGCUUCAACACGGGCACUAAGGCAGCCGCCUCUGGCGGUGUCACAACCGUUAUCGACAUGCCGCUCAACGCCAUCCCGCCCACCACCACCCUAGCAGGGUUCCAAGAGAAGCUUCGUGCUAGCCAGGGCCAAUGCUGGGUCGACGUGGGCUUCUACGGAGGUGUCAUCCCCGGCAACGCAGGCGAGCUGCUCCCGCUGGUCGAGGCUGGUGUGCGUGGCUUCAAGGGUUUCCUUAUCGACUCUGGUGUGGAUGAGUUCCCAGCCGUGUCCUCCAAAGACAUCGCCUUGGCCAUGACCACACUCAAAGACUCCCCCACCACCUUGAUGUUCCAUGCCGAGAUGCUCCCCCCCAUCACCGAGUCUGUGGGCGAUUACGUCCAAAUCUCUGACCCACCUCUCGCCCCCAAAGGCGAUCUCUUCAGCUACAGCACCUUCUUGGAGUCUCGCCCCCCAGCCUUUGAGACGUAUGCCAUCGAGGAGAUCGUCUCCCUGGCCGAGCUGGCACCCAAGCUGCACCUCCACAUCGUCCACCUCUCCGCCGUAGAGGCGAUCCCCAUCCUCCGCAAUGCUCGCAAGGAAGGCGUCAACAUCACGGCCGAGACAUGCUUCCACUACCUCGGCCUCGCGGCAGAUGACAUUGAAGACGGCGACACCCGUCACAAGUGCUGCCCUCCCAUCCGGUCGCAGACCAACCAAGACCGACUGUGGGAGGAGAUUGUUGAGGCGCAAGGGGAGGGGUGCAUCAAGACUAUUGUUUCUGACCACAGCCCUUGCACGCCAGAGCUGAAGCUGCUGCCUCCGCAUCUUCAGACGGUGGAUGAUGAUUCGCUGAGGCCGAAUAUGCAUCACUCCGACUCGGGUGUUGAUAUGACUUUGCCCUCUGAUCAAACCCACGACAAGUCUUGCUCCCACGCCUCCUCCCGGCCAGAGCUGAAGCCGACGGAUUCAGGCGUGGUGAUGACUCUUGCGUCGGAAACCCCCUCCCCCAUCGAGGAGCAGCCCACCAACCCCCUUUCCACCACCACUGCUACCACAUGCUGCGCCGACACAACCCACCACCCCAACCCCGCCCCCCAACAACGUCUCCUCCCCAUCACAAACACCAACCAAGGCGACUUCUUCGCUGCCUGGGGCGGUAUUUCCUCUGUCGGCCUUGGUCUUCCCAUCCUGCACACCAUCGCCACUGACAGAGCCGCUCACGGGUUACCGGCGCCGGAUCUGGUGGACAUGGUCAGGAUGUGCUCGCAGGCCACGGCGCAGCAGGUGGGGCUGUAUCACCGCAAGGGCGCGAUCAAGGUCGGGCACGACGCGGAUUUCUGCGUGUUUGAUAGCGAGGAGAGCUGGGUGUUGAGGAGCGGGGAGAUGAGGUGGAAGAAUAAGGUGUCGCCGUGGGAGGGGAGGCAGUUUGUUGGACGGGUGAGGGAGAGUUGGGUUAGGGGGGAGAAGGUAUUCCAGCUUGGCGCCGUGGGAGGGGGGUUUGUCGGGGGGAAGCCGAGGGGGGAGGCGAUUGUUGAGAGGAGGACUGCUUAA